UGCCUGGAAAUACAAGAUAAAACGGGUUUUUUUUUUUUUUUGUUGCGAUCUGCCGCACAGUAACAGCAGAACAGGGAUGGAAAAUUUAGCGAGGUAGAUGUAAAAGGCUCUGAAGUAUGUGGGGAUUUAUGCUGCGUUAGCCUCAGGAACGUUAGCUCUGUUGAGAAGGCCUUCGUGAAUUCCUCGGACUCGCUUCCCGUCGCACACCAAACCGAGACGACACAGAUGAUCCGGACGGCAGCCUCGCCCCGGACUGGUUCCGAUGUUAUGUAUUCUUUGUAAAUAUAGGUAGAGGCAAACGUCUUUUGCUCGUCUGUGACGGACAUAAAUCAGUGAAAGACGCUUCCUGUCUGUCGGCUAGUUAGCAUUAGCUCCCCUGUGUUUACAAGCUAACUCAGCAGACGUCAAGUGAAGAAGUUGGAAGUUGGAUUUGUUUCUGUAAGGAUUUGCAUGCUUGGCUAUGAUUCUGUUCCACUGAAGAAUCAAGACGGGUAACGUAAAACUACAUGAAAACGUGGCUGAGGUUAUCCCCUGCAUUUUUUUUUUCGAUGAUUGGCAGUGGCAGUCAGUUCUUUUCAGGGUUACAUGUACUGAAAAAUGACUCCACCAUUUACUUUUUAAUGCAGAGACCUUCAGUUACACACAGUAUCGCGGAUGAAGACUCACAGAGAAGAGUGGAUUUUCACAGGUGUCACCUGUUCUGCUUGGCAUUGUUAAUCUCGCACCCUGUGCUGCGGCUAAAGAUCUGCUUUUGCCGUCUCGACCUGAAGAAACAGUCGUGCACAAUGAAUCGGUACCUGCCUGUGGCCCGGCAGCACUUUCUGGCUGCCCUGGCCAGUACCAGCGUGGUGGUGAAAUCCAUAAGUGUUGUGGUGGUUCUCCUCUACCUGCUAUCAUGGGCCGUCAACACUCCAUACGCUGGGGUGACGCCGGGCUACCUCUUUCCUCCCAACUUCUGGGUGUGGACACUGGUGACCCAUGGAGUGGUGGAGGAGCACAUCUGGUGUGUGGCAACCAGUGUGGGCCUGGUUAUGGCCUGUGGGCGCCUGCUUGAACCUCUGUGGGGCGCGCUGGAGCUUCUUAUCUUUUUCACAGUGGUUAAUGUCUCCGCAGGCCUCCUUGCAGGUUUCUCCUACCUCCUAACCUAUGUGGCCACCUUUAACCUGGACUACCUGUUUGGCGUGCGUGUCCACGGAGCAGCUGGGUUCCUGGGAGGGGUUCUAGUGGCACUGAAGCAGACCAUGGGGGAUACUACAGUGCUCAAAGUGCCACAGGUGAGACUCAAAGCAGCACCGGCUUUGCUGCUCCUCCUUAUGGCCUUACUACGCCUAUCAGGACUACUCGCUAGCUCUGCCCCUCUGGCGGCAUACAGCUAUGGCGCCUUGUCCGGCUGGGUCUACCUGCGGUUCUACCAGCGGCACAGCCGGGGCCGCGGAGAUAUGUCGGACCACUUUGCCUUUGCUAGUUUCUUCCCGGAGGCGUUGCAACCGGCUGUGGGGCUGCUGGCCGGGCUGAUCCACUCGGCCCUGGUGAAGAUGAAGGUCUGCAGAAAGAUGGUGAAACGCUACGAUGUAGGCGCGCCUUCUUCCAUCACUAUUAGCUUGCCCGGAACUGACCCACAGGAUGCUGAAAGAAGAAGACAACUAGCCCUGAAAGCCUUGAACGAGCGCCUGAAGCGUGUGGAGGACCAGUCUGCCUGGCCCAGCAUGGACGACGAGGAGGAUGACGAGGAUGAUGAGGUCAGGACCGAAACGCGGCCGCUUCUCCAGGGGGGGCGGAACCCUUCCUCCACUUCCACACUGAGGCACUCAGGGGGCCCUGCAAGCCCCUCUGUCUCCAGCUCUGGUUCUUUGCCACAGAGUAGCGGAGCGCCAUCUGCAGGUGGCACACAACAUCCAGAGUCCAGCAUUAUCAGCUUUGAGGAUGCACCUUCAAGAUUGUAACGAAUGAAAUGCUCGGUGCGUUUGGCGUCACUGAGAAGUGUACAAAUGCGUUCAGUGAUUAGGCAUACACUCUGUUUCCCGUAGGCGCCAACACGCACGCUCCACGUGGUAAAGCAGUUUGUGCACCAGGCGGUGCGCUCACAAACGGUGGCUGUGGAGCACACGGGUAUGUCAGCGGUGCAGAGCUUUCACUUAACACGUUUCGGUUGUAAAUGUUGUGUGUAGUUGGGCAAACUGGAGUCUUAAUCCUUCUUCCACUCAUACAACCAGAAGUUGGCCAGAAAUUCUCUCUAGUCCAGACUCGACUCCCAGCGUAGCAUCCUGCAGCUCUGUCCUGUUCCAUGUGGCAUUUUCUCUUGCUUUCAAAAUAAAUGAUUGGUUGUAUAAUAUUCUUUUUUUUUUUUUCUAAAAACAAAACAAAAAGUGUCUUGAUAGACUCUGUGUCAUUUUCUUGAUUUGCAAAAAUCAAAGUGAACAGACUGUAACGGGUGCAGGUAGGCUAGAAACUGCGAACGAUUCAGUGGUUGCGAAGCUACAGCCUGGAGUAGGUAAUGUAUGAAAGCACCAUCUGCAGGACAGGAGGGGAGGCACAGCUACACCUUUGUCCUGUGGUUAAGAAUUUCCUGGACUGCGGUCGCUGAAGGACGGUUUCUUUCAUCAGCCGUUAAGUGAAAACACUAUCAGGACAUUUAUGAUGGUUCUGUUGUUUCUUCUCCUUUUCUGACACGUUUUUGAAAAUUUUAACAUAAAUUUAGAGCAAAAUGCUGGAUUUGGAAUAGAGCUGCAAGAAUUAGUUGAUUGAUGAUUAAAUUUAAUCAUCUAUUUUGAUCAGUUGAUAUUUGGUUUGGGGGGGUACUACCCAAAUUCACUGAUUUCAGCUUAAAUGUGAAUAUCUGGUUUAUUUUCUUUAAUUCUGUCAGUAAACUGAAUGUUUUUGGGUUGAGGACAAAAUGUUUGAAGGCUUCAUCUUGUGCUCUGAAAAUGGUGGCCAGCAUUUUUCAUUAUUUUCUAACAUUUUUGACUGAAGAACUGCUUGAUUAAUCAUUUAGGAAAAUAAUCAUUGGUUCUCGUUCUAAUCUGUAUUUAUCAGGGAAUCAGUGGUGGUGGUUCAGGUUGAGUGUUUCUUCUUAUGGUGUGAUCAAUGUCCAGAGUUCAAACCCAUGUUUGGUUCCAACGCUGGACAAAGUCAAAGAGAAGGAUGAGGGAAGAGAGAUAAUUUUAUUUUUUGUUUAAAAAAAAUAAAAAAUAGUCGUUUGUUGUGUGCCAUGUCAGAAUUUAAGCCCUUUUCGUAUCACUGAGAUUCUUUUACCUGCUAUGUGUUUCUAAAAGAAAAAAAAAAAUCAGUUUCAGUUAGAAGAAGUUACUGCUGCUUUAAAUUAUUCUGGCUCAUAGUUUCUAACAAAUCAUACAGUUUCUCACUUGUCUUGAGUAAAGUACUUCAGACUGCUAAAUUCAUGGUGCUGUGGCAACCAUGAGGAAAUUGGUGGAAGUGUGUUGCUCUUAAAUUUUCUUUAUCAGCUUUUAUCAGUUGAGUUUCUGUCUCCAGAACUGAAGAAAAAUUUUAGCAAAGUAUAAAACGUCAUGUGUUCUCAAAACGUCAACAUUUUAUAUAUUAAAAAAAAAAGAAGAAAAAAAAGACUGCUGAUGGAAUGUUUGGUGACAGAUUUGGACUUGUGACUUUCUGACUGCUGCUGAUCCCACAAAUAAAAUGUGUGCAGUAACUUUGAAAUAAUGUCUGUAAUGUAUAGUUUGGAUGACUGUGGCUGUUACUCGGCUGGGGAUUAUUACAGUUUCCAUGAUAUCGCAUGGGAGAAGGUCAGCUGCAGGAAAAUAUCUGAAAUUUCAAACCGUUUUAAUGACUUAAUUUACAGCAGCAAUUAAUUUAAACCACAUUCUUGCAUAUGAGUGCAGGUUGUUUUCAUGAUGCUUGGCUGAACACUCACUGAUUUUAUGACCAAAUGUUGAUCGUUAAGAUUUUAUUUGAAUGAAAUUGAGCCGCGGAGGAAAGAAUAUUACACGUUAUUUUCACGUGUUUUUAGGAUUGUGUGUUUCCCCCUUGCUUUCUUUUAAAUGUUAUGGGAAAAGAAAGAAACACUGGCUGUAUUUAUGAAUCACACUAAUGUGCAGUUAGAAAACUGUUCAGAACCAUUGUGCUGUCACAGUUCUUCCGUUACUAAAGUCUCGUCUGUCUGCAGGUGUCGUUUUUGUUUGACCCAAACACUCAUUCCUCCAAAAACCUUUAAAGUGCAGAGCAGCCACUUAAGUUAGAAAAGGACACAAAGUCACAACUGCCUUUUCUGUUUAAACAAAAAAAAAUUGCAGGUGUUUAAUUAGCAGAGCACUGAUUACACUGCAUACCUCUGCUAAAGCCCAGUCUAUGCAUACGAGUAUUUCAAAAUUACAUUACAUUUUUUUAAGAAUGUCUACAUGAAUGGUUUUCCAUCUGUUUCUGAUCUGACUACAGUGUAGUUCAGCUCCUGAGCCCAGUGCAUGCCGGGAUAGGCCCCAACACCACCACCAUGACCAACAGAAUAACAAGAAUGUUUGCUUUAAAAUUUUGUCCUCUUGUCCUCCUCCGCCUCGUUAUCAAUCUCAAAAUAUUUUAUGCUGCACUCAACAUUUUCACUCU